CCCUCUCCAUUCACCCAAAAAGCUUUGAAUUUCAGCGCCGGAGCCGGAGAAACUGAUUCUGUUUCUCUCUCUAGAAUUCACUCUGCUUCUCUCUCGGGAAUGGCUCCACCUUUCAUUUUCCCUCCAAAUCUCCAAUCUCUGGAGGAGGAAGACGCCGACGGCGGCCGUCUCACUGUCCAAAAUCCCACAUCGGUGUCGUCUCUUCGCCCUUCUGAACUGGAAGAGUUCGUGAAAGGUGUUUCCUUUGACCUAACGGAUAAAGAGCUAUUCUGCAUCGAAGAGCAGGAUGUGUUUGACCGCGUCUACUCGCUCGUGAAGGAUUUCGCACGUUUGCCUCCCCCGUGUAAGCUCAAUUUAGUGGAGUCUCUUAGGUCUAACCUCAGUGUUUUGCUCCCGAAUGUGGAAUUGUUUUCAAGGGCUUCUCAAAAUCGAGAUGAUAAUCGCAGUGAUGAUGAUAGUGAGGAAAGCGAUGGCUGUGAUAGUUCAGUUAGUGAUCGCUUGGCCUCACAUCGGAAUGCUUUCAAGAUUUACACUUUCUUCCUCAUUCAUAUUGUGCUCAUUGAGGAGUUUAGUUCAAGUUCAAACAACAAUACAAAAGUGAUGGCUAGUGGUCGGAAGAAGCAACUCGCAAGCUCAUGGAAUUGGGAGCCCCAAAGAGCAAGGAUGCUGAUUUUGAUUGCUAAUUCAUUAGAGAUCAACCUCUCAUUGCUCUUUGGAUCUUCAGAGCCUGAUGAAAAUUACUUGUCUUUCAUUGUGAAGAAUACUUUCUCCAUGUAUGAGAAGGCUACACUGUUAAAGGAUUCAGACACAAAAGGUGCCUUGAGCAGGAUAAUUGCAACAUGUGCAACUAAGUUCCAUUUUGCAGCACAGUCAUGUGCUUCAAUUCUCCAUUUAAUUCACAAAUAUGACUAUACUGUUUCUCACUUGGCUGAUGCUGUUGCUGGGGCUGAAAAGAAGUAUGGAGAUGGAAGCCUUGCCACUUCUCUUAUUAGAGAGAUUGGAAGGACAAACCCAAAAGAUUAUGUGAAAGAUACUGUUGGGGCUGAAAAUAUAGGAAGGUUUCUUGUAGAGCUAGCUGAUCAAUUGCCUAAGUUAGUUUCAACUAAUGUGGGCUUGUUAAUCCCACACUUCGGUGGGGAGUCAUAUAAGAUAAGAAAUGCUCUUGUUGGAGUGUUAGGGAAAUUGGUUGCUAAGGCUUUUAAUGAUGCUGAAGGUGAAGUGAGUUCAAAAUCUAUUCGUCUUCGAACGAAGCAGGCAAUGCUGGAGAUCUUGUUGGAACGUUGUAGGGAUGUCUCAGCCUAUACUAGGAGUCGGGUUCUUCAAGUUUGGGCUGAACUAUGCGAAGAACAUUCUGUUUCAAUUGGUAUGUGGAAUGAGGUCGCAGCACUAGCUGCUGGAAGGCUAGAGGAUAAGAGUGCAAUUGUCCGGAAAUCUGCACUUAAUUUGCUUAUCAUAAUGCUCCAGCAUAACCCUUUUGGUCCCCAACUUCGAACAUCCUCUUUCGAAGCCACUUUAAAACAAUAUAAUAAGAAAUUGAAUGAGCUUGGACCGAUGGCUCAAUCAGAUACUGUUUUAAAUGGGUUACCUUCUGACAAUGAAGAUUGCAAUGGGGAUGGUGAGAUACAUGAGGAAGGUGCUGAAAGGAUGUCCAAGGAACUGAAUGAUAGCUUAACUGAUAGUUGCUUGUCUCAGAUGCAAGAUCCUAUCCCGCAGGAGGAUAUUUCUGUGCCAGAUGUUGGCAACUUGGAGCAAACAAGGACUUUGGUUGCAUCAUUAGAAGCAGGGCUUAAAUUUUCCAAGUGUGUUUCUGCUACAAUGCAAACUCUUGUCCAAUUAAUGGCUUCAUCUUCUGCCACAGAUGUGGAGAACACAAUUCUUUUGCUAAUGAGGUGCAGGCAGUUUCAGAUUGAUGGCUCAGAAGCAUGCCUACGCAAGAUGUUGCCACUGGUAUUUUCACAGGACAAAGCAAUUUAUGAAGCUGUUGAGAAUGCUUUCAUAACGAUUUACAUACAGAAGAAUCCCAUAGAAACUGCAAAGAAUCUCCUGAGUCUUGCUGUAGAUUCAAACAUUGGAGAUCUUGCAGCCCUUGAGCUUGUAAUUGGAGCCUUGAUAUCCAAAGGCGAUAUAACUUCUAGUAUGUUAUCAGCACUGUGGGAUUUCUUUUGUUUCAAUUUCAGUGGAACAACAGCCGAACAAAGUCGCGGUGCAUUGUCUGUCUUGUGCAUGGCAGCAAAAAGGUCAACUAUGGUUUUUAGCUCUCACCUUCCAGAUAUUAUUGACAUUGGGUUUGGUCGCUGGGCAAAGGUUGAACCCUUACUUGCAAGGACAGCAUGCACUGCAUUGCAAAGGCUGUCUGAAGAAGAUAGAAAAAAAUUGUUGUCUGCUAAUGGAAGUCGAGUAUUUAGUAUUUUAGAAAGUUUAGUUACGGGAUAUUGGCUUUCUGAAAGUAUAUGGUAUGCAACUGCUGAUAAAGCAAUAGCUACUAUAUAUACUAUUCAUCCCUCUCCUGAAAAUGUAGCUGUUAGCCUGGUGAGAAGAUCUCUUAGUUCUGUAUUUGAUUGUUGUGGGGGAGAUGAGAUACAAAAUGAUAUAGAGAAUGGAAGCACUAAUAUGCUUGCCUCAGUUAAUGUUACAAAACUUAGUAGAUAUCUAUUUAUUGUAAGCCAUGUAGCUAUGAACCAAUUGGUUUACAUUGAAUCACGAGUUCGGAAGAUUCAGAAAGAGAAAGCAAAGAGAGAGAGAAUCGUUUCUGAACAGAAUGCUGAUGCUAAUAAUACCACUCCUGAUGCUCAGAAGGAUAAAGGUAUCAAUGCUGAGCUAGGUGUGGCAGCUUCUGAAGAUGCUUUACUGGAUUCACUCUCUGAUAAAGCAGAAAAAGAAAUUGUUUCUGGUGGCUCUGCUGGGAAAAACUUGAUUGGUCAUUGUGCACCUUUUCUUUCAAAAUUAUGUAGGAACUAUGCUUUGAUGCAAAAGUAUCCUGAACUACAAGCAUCCGGAAUGCUUUCAUUAUGUCGAUUUAUGAUAAUUGAUGCUGACUUCUGUGAUGCAAAUCUCCAACUUCUCUUCACUGUUGUGGAGAAUGCCCCAUCAGAGACUGUUCGAUCAAAUUGCACAGUUGCCCUUGGAGAUUUGGCAGUUCGUUUUCCUAACUUAUUAGAGCCAUGGACUGAGCACAUGUAUGCACGUCUAAGAGAUCCAUCAGUUUCUGUCAGGAAGAAUGCUGUACUGGUUCUGUCUCACCUCAUUUUAAAUGACAUGAUGAAGGUAAAAGGUUAUAUAAAUGAAAUGACAAUCUGUUUAGAAGAUGAAGAUGAACGAAUAUCAAGCCUGGCAAAACUGUUCUUCAAUGAGUUGUCAAAAAAGGGGAGCAAUCCAAUUUAUAACCUACUUCCAGAUAUCCUGGGCAAGUUAUCUACACAGAACCUGAAGCAAGAAUCAUUUUACAACAUAAUGCAGUUUUUAAUUGGUUCAAUAAAGAAGGACAAACAGAUGGAAGCGCUUGUUGAGAAGCUUUGCAAUAGAUUUAGUGGAGUUACAGAUGUUAGGCAAUGGGAAUAUAUUUCAUAUUGCGUCUCUCAGUUAACGUUCAAUGAGAAGAGCAUAAGAAAGCUGAUAGAGUCAUUUAAGACAUAUGAACAUGCCUUAUCUCAGGACACUGUGAUGGAUCAUUUCCGAAAUAUUAUAAGCAAGGGGAAGAAGUUUUCUAAGCCAGAACUCAAGUCAUGCAUUGAAGAGUUUGAAGAAAAGAUCAACAAAUUCCACAUUGAACAGAAAGAGCAGGAAGUUACUGCAAAGAAUGCUCAAAAUCAUCAACAAAAACUGGCAAGCCUUAUGGUGAGCAAGAAAGAGGUAGAGGAAAGCAGUGAAUCUGAAGUUACUGAAGGUGGAACAGAGAGUGAACUCACUGAUAUGUCAACUGAAGGAACAACCGAAAUCACACAUUCGAAGACAAGAUUUCCCGAGUCAAAAACACAUUCUCAUGCUUCCAGCGAGGUGACAGAUUCAGAAUUGGAUGAGGGUGAAGUUCAAUCACCUCUUGUUCAUCCAACAAGAGCUGCCACUAGAUCAAGAGCCAAGAAAACCAACAAAGUUGACCAAGGCGUUGAUACUCGCACUUCCACUAGAAGAACUACCCGGUCCAGUAGAAGCAGGUAGAUUAAGGCACGUGAUUUCCUUUUGGUUGUACGGCAGAAUGACAGGGAGCCACUGAUGAAAAUUAUGUUUGUUUGUAAAUUGCGUCUGUAAUUGAUACAAUCCUCACUCUAGUGUUAGUUUCUCCACUGGAGAAAUGUCGCUUAUGACAUAUACUUGUGUAUUUUCUGAAUUUCAGUUUUUGUAAGCUUAUAAAAGCAAUUAAUACUUGACAGUCAUUUCCUUAAUUGCUCUUACCAUCGCUUGAAUUUUAACAUU